UUUCCUCCUCCUUUAAACAUGUCGCCUGUUAUUGUGUUACUUGUGGUGGAUAGUUUAUUAUUUCUUAUGGUGUUUAUUGUGUCAGCAUGUUGGGGAAAAUUCAGAGAUGAUGCCCGCGCACCACCAGCGCCGCCAGUCAUAGACCUUCCUCCACCAGCACUCCGCGUGAUACCAAUCAUAUACCAUCCAACAUCGGCGGCUGCACCAGUCAUAAACCGCCUACCACCGGCAACAGUGCCACCAGGUGCACAGACUUCAACGCGAUCCCAGACGGAGGAGGAAGGGAAGAAGUAUGAAAUAGUAAUCGAUGUUUAUGUCGAACAAGCUGCAGAUGGGGAACGUGAAUGCUCUAUCUGUUUAUCGGAAUACGAAAACCGAGAACUGUUGGGGCAUCUUCCGGUGUGCAACCAUAUAUUUCAUUUCGACUGUAUCAAAAUAUGGUUGGAAAUUAAUCGGACUUGUCCAUUAUGCCGCCGGAGUAACGGUGAUGAACAUGAACUAUAGUUUUUUUUUUUUCCUUCUGAUUUUGGUCUCGAAAAGGAAGGAGUUAAUGUAAGUCCAAAUUUU